UCCUCCGCGUCGUCGUCGUCGUCGUCGGUGCGGCCGCCAUGGGGGAGCGGCUGCGAAGCCAAGCCGGCGUUUCCUCGGCGGCCGCGUCGGCCCCCACCCCCACCUGCUCGCUGCAUAAUGGGCUGCUGCACAACGGCUUCCACGGGCUGCCCAGCAAUGGGGAGGCUCCCGCUCGCCCGCUGCUCUUCCGACAGGACCCGCCGGUGCCCAGCCAGGGCUCGCCGACGAAGAAAUGCCGGACGCGCCGGAGGAUGGACUCGGGCAAGAAAAACAGGCCACCGUUCCCCUGGUUUGGCAUGGAUAUUGGUGGGACGCUUGUGAAACUGGUCUACUUUGAACCAAAGGACAUUACUGCCGAGGAGGAACAGGAGGAGGUGGAAAACCUGAAAAGCAUCAGGAAGUACUUGACUUCCAAUACAGCCUAUGGCAAAACUGGGAUUCGAGAUGUCCACCUCGAACUGAAAAACUUGACUAUGUGUGGGCGGAAAGGGAACCUUCAUUUCAUUCGUUUUCCAAGCUGUGCUAUGCACAGGUUCAUAGAGAUGGGUAGUGAAAAGAACUUCUCAAGCUUGCACACCACGCUUUGUGCCACGGGAGGCGGAGCUUACAAGUUUGAAGAAGACUUUCGAAUGAUUGCUGACCUCCAGCUUCAUAAGCUAGAUGAGUUGGACUGCUUGAUCCAGGGCCUGCUCUAUGUGGAUUCUGUCGGUUUCAACGGCCACCCGGAGUGCUAUUAUUUCGAAAACCCUGCAGAUCCUGAACGGUGUCAGAAAAAGCCUUGCUGCCUUGAUAACCCUUUUCCUAUGUUGCUGGUUAACAUAGGCUCCGGGGUCAGCAUCUUAGCUGUGUAUUCCAAGGACAACUAUAAGAGAGUUACAGGGACCAGUCUCGGUGGUGGUACAUUCCUGGGCCUGUGUUGUUUGCUGACCGGCUGUGAGACUUUCGAAGAAGCUCUGGAAAUGGCAGCUAAAGGGGACAGCACCAAUGUUGAUAAGUUGGUGAAGGAUAUUUAUGGAGGAGACUAUGAACGGUUUGGUCUUCAGGGAUCUGCCGUAGCAUCAAGCUUCGGCAACAUGAUGAGCAAAGAAAAGCGAGAUUCCAUCAGCAAAGAGGACCUGGCAAGAGCGACCUUAGUUACCAUCACCAAUAACAUCGGCUCCAUCGCUCGGAUGUGUGCUCUGAAUGAGAACAUUGAGAGGGUGGUGUUUGUCGGAAACUUCCUGAGAAUCAACAUGGUCGCUAUGAAGGUACUUGCAUAUGCCAUGGACUACUGGUCAAAGGGACAACUCAAAGCUCUCUUUUUGGAACACGAGGGUUAUUUCGGUGCUGUUGGGGCCCUUCUGGAAUUGCUUAAAAUGACAGAUGAUCAAUGAUGAAGCCUCCAGGAGCCCAAUGCCUGUAGAAGCUUCUACAAGAUGGACAGCUGCUAGGAGGAUGGAAAGAAGCCAUGAUGGACACUCUUACCUGCUGGAUUUGUAAAUAAUAAUUUAAACUCCUUUUAGCUGAUCUUUUAACUUUAGGGUUGGACAUUAACUUCAGAAUUCGUACCAGGAAUCUAAAAGAAAAAAGAGGCAUUUUUUAACUGUAUACAACAUUUUUUAAGACAAAAAAAUGUGCAAUGUGGCCAAACAUGGCAGAUUUUUAUGGAUCGUGUCUAAAUAAGUGGAUACUGUGUGGGAAAUGGACCUAAGAUAUGUGACGACACUGGUUUUAUUUUAUUUUAUUUCUUCUGGGGUUUACUGACCUAGUGUGAUAUAAUUAUUCUUUUAGUAAUUGCUCUAGGAGAUUUUUUUAAUUAAAUCUUUCAUGACGUUUCAUGAUUGCUGUUGGUUUCAGGUGAAACCGCAAAACUAGUAUAUAGUGUGAGCAGUAAAGUAAUGAAUCUUGUUGCCUUCAUUAUUAUUAUUAUUAUUAUUAUUAAACUGUGUUUCCAUCUUCCCCAAACUUUGUUUGACUGCCCACGUUGUCAUCAAAUCCACCGAAAAUAGAAAGAAGACCUCAGCCUUUCCUUUCAGAAACUCACGCACAAUGAGUUAACUAUUCCUUGUAGCACCGGAAAUCCUUAUUUGUGGUACUCUGAGCUGGAAAAAAAAUUAUUGGGCCAUGGGCAGGGGGAAGACUAGUUCCCACAGUCUGCAGAUGACGUGGUAGACCUGUGUUCUUACAUACUUGAAUGCACCUACAUGCAAAGAAAACAUAUCUCUUUCCCUCUCAUGCCAGCAUUCUACAUGCAGAUGUGUUUUUCUUCUUUUUCACAUGGAGAAGCAUUCAAUCCUGUGAACCCCCACCUGAAAUCUGAAAAUGGUACAACCCAGCAAGUUUAACCACCUCCUCUGCUGUUUGUCAGAACUGGGCCUUACUUAAAAUACAUUUUUUGGUAUGCUGAAAAGUUAUUCGGCUGUUACGAUACGAAUACCAUGCCAUAUAUCUGACACUUUUUAAAAUGUCCAAAUGUGUCAGACCACAUGUUGAGUAUUAAUGUAUACUAUUUCUUAGAAGUUCUUAUUGAUAUUUACCACAAGGAACAAAUGACAUAGUGGUAUAAAAUGUUCAAAUUUAAAAUGUUUGAGUGAAUUAACCACGUGCCCUGGCUGAUCAAGAUUAUGGACCUCGCAAAGAACAGAUUAAUUUCCUAAGUUCCUUUCUACCUUGUUGAUUCAAAUUGGAAAUACAGUUCUGUUUUUGCAAAAUGUAAAACGUCCGUCACGUGGUGGCGGGGGACGACAGCAUUAGCUUUAAGGAGCAAACGUUUUCUCUAAUAAAUUUGAAUUAUUUGUUUGGAAUACAGUAUUUGAUUUCUUUACCUUGAAACCUUUAAUAAAUUAACACUAACUGUUCACUUACCUGGCUGAAAUAAAAACAAUCCAUUACUGUUGUGAUGGCUUUGAAUGCA